AUGAGUUAACUUUCGUUUUGAAGUUCCUCGUAACACAGCAAAGUCGGAUUCUACAGGUAGAAAUAAAGAUAAGGAAUAUCAGAUGAUAUCAUAAUCUUACGAAUUGUACGGCGAAAUGGCAACUGCUCAGGCUCAAGAACUAAGCUGGCAGUGUCAUAGAUCACUGGUAGAGUGUCUGAAUCAUCUGUUCACUUCCGGUAUAGCAUGUGACGUCACGUUCCUGGUUGGAGAGAACAAAUACAGGAUUCCCGCCCAUAAAACUAUUCUCAUCAGCAGAAGUCCUGUAUUUUACGCCAUGUUUGAGGGAAAUCUCGCCGAAAAGGGCGAAAUAGCGAUUCCGGAUAUUGAACAAGAAGUCUUCACAAUGUUUUUGAGGUAUCUGUAUACAGACACAAUAGAACUGGCGGUCGACACCGCAACAUCUGUCCUGUCAGCUGCGAGGAAAUACAUGGUGGACCGUCUUGUCAAAAAGUGUGAAACCUUCCUGAAGAGUUCUCUUACUACCGAAAAUGUAUGCCUACUAUUGGAACAAGCCCAUAUUUAUACGGAGGAAAGCCUAAAAGAGGACUGUAUAAAUGAGAUCGCAAGAUCACCAGAAGAAGUACUGAAGUCUACCAGUUUUGUCGAAUUGUGUGGCGUCUGUGUAAAGAGUAUCACAGAGCCGGACGACUUAGCGGUGGAGGAGAGCGUGGUGUACGAGGCGGUGAUGCGGUGGUCAGAGGCGAAGUGUGGACGUCAGGGUCUGGAGGUGACGGAUACAAACAGACGGCAGGUACUAGGGGAUAUAAUCUACACAGUCAGGUUCCCCAUCAUAGACGCCAAGUAUUUAUUACAGCAUGUCAUGACGAGAGAUGUCCUGACGUCAGAACAGCUAGUGAGCGUCAUGAGGUUUCAGCAGGACAACAAAGCAUAUCCCUGUACAGAAUUCAGCGUGAACCAACGAAACGUUAGAAAACCAGUAAUAACAAUGCUCCGUGAAUAUCCCAACAACUACCCAUGGCCCGCAGAAAUACCCGAUGACACCGAAUACUACCGAACAGCACUCGAUACCGGAGACUACCCAAUACAACCCAAUGCUACCGAAAGCCACCAAGUAAUACCCUGUACCAAUCAAAACUACCCCAUAGCACCCGGGUUCAAAUGCCAGCCCCGACACAUGCAACACAUGCAAUCGCAACAAGUAGGAACCAUGUCUUCACCGAUCCGAGGAGAGUAUCCUUGUCAAUACAAAACUCGAACAAAAUAUAAAAAAUAAUCAGGAGGUAUUUUCAUUGUUUUUAAAAAGCAUCUAGAUCAUAUGUUACAAUUUAUCACUACCGUGUCUGAAUUUGUACAAUUUGUAGAAAGUUAUUCGUUGUUCAAAAUUUUACAUAAAAAUGCUGUAAAUUAGAUGCCAGUGCACAUCUUUUGAAAGGUUGCUCGUACAGGAGAUGCCAAUGACAAUAUUCACACCGAGUUUCAUUAAGAUUGAAAUAGGAAUUCACCCCGAGCUAGGACCAGGAACAAAAUCUCAAUUUUGACAAUUUUCGGGUAUAUGGUCCCAGGGGGUCUAGAAACCGUGCCGGUGCACAACUUUCGAAAGGUUGAAACUUUUGCAAGUAUAAAAGAACCUGUCUUUUAAUUUCUAUCACUACGCACGCCUGUUAAGUCGUAUAGAUUGUCUGUACGUGGAAUGAUGGGAUUGGUCGGAUUUCGUCAAUCUUGUUUCCAUGGAAGAUCCAUUAAAUAUAGACACGACAGCUUUCAUGUUGACUAUAGUUAUUUUAGUUAAGGGACUUUAGGGACUACCUUCGUAUACAACAUCACCUAUUGGCUGCAUCUGUCACAUAACAUUAUAGUUAUACUUGCUCAAGUGCGGGCUUUAUACUUUCAAUAUAAAAUGACGGUAAAUGUUGUUGUUUUUCUGUAAAUAUUCAAAGACGUCAACAUCUGCAUUCUUAAAACAAUUUAAUCUUUCAAAAUGUUAAGAGACCUGAUUAUAUGAAAUAUAUUAUAACAUUAUCAAUUAUUCAAAUAUUUGAAAUAAAAUAAAAUAAAAUCACAAUUUCCUUCUUUUAAAGGAUAUUAGGUGAUCGCAUGGAUCCGUCACUACGAUAUGUUAAUGUAGUAGGCGUUGUUCUCUAUACAAUGAUGUAAAGGUUUCUAAAAUACUUAGUCUCACCUAGCAUACGUGUGCAUUUUCACACCUAAUAAUAAUUUGGUUAUAGUCUGUUUCAAAAUGAUGUUGUUAGUAAUACAUAUUAAUAUUAAGAACUUCUGCCGGUUUUCAAUCAGAGAAAUAUUCCAUUAUCUUCAUAGGAAAACACACGUGGUAGAAGACGAUAUAAUAUAAAUAUUAAGAAAUAAA